AUGUCUAAGGCAAUCCGGCAUCCGGAUGGGAUGGAGACCCAGGGCGGGUCGUCCAAGACCCAUUCUACUAAUCUGCUUCCUGGCCAGCAGCCGCGCCUUAAACCCGAUCUUGCUGCGCCAUUUGAAAAGGACAUCGAAGCUUGCCAACCUCUCCGCAACGUCGACUGGCGUGGAGAUGCAAAGCCAGUGGAGACCUCCAACAAUCGCAACGCUGCCCAUGGUCAACGGUGCGGCGCUACUGCUGCUCCUCAAGGAAAGGAGUGCAACCGGUGCAAGAAGGGUGAUGGUGUCUUCGGUACCUGUGUUGUCAAUUUUGCGAGUGACUCGGUCCAGUCCAAGGGUGCAUGCAUGAACUGCGUGUUCGACGACAAGACCUAUUCUUGCACGCUACGCGAGCAUGUAAACGGCCGAUACACUGGGCGGUUCACCGAAGCAUGGGUCACAGACUAUGUUGCCCGCGAAGCCUCUCGUGCGCUCACUGUCGACGAGGAUGUGAGUGAGAAUCAUCAGAUCGAAGAUGAGAAUGACGACGCAACUGAGUACACAAUUGAGCGGACCAGCGGCUCGGUGGCUACCAACAACAACCUCUCGACUCGACUGCUGGCUGCUAAUCCCAUUCCCCCGGCAUUGGAUGGCGGCCCAGGCUGGAACCCACGCCUGUAUGCCUCCGUUCUGCACCAAGCUGAGCCACUUGAUGCGAACACUAGCCUACAGCGGUUCCUUGACCUCGCACAGCUCAAUCAACGCCUAGAAUGGGAGGCGGCAGCCCUACUGGGAAUGUUUGGAGAUGAGUGGAACGCUCGCAGGUCCUUGAAUAUGUAG